AUGGAGGAGCAUGGAGCGUCCGUGAAUGGUGACAGCCUUCUUCUCAGUGUCAUCGAGUGCCUGACCAAUCCAUCAAGCCGAUCAAGCCAGCACAAAAACUCCUCUGGAUAUUUUGUUCAGCACAGCCCGGAGACAGGACUGCCAAUCCGCGCCACCGAGCGUGGUGCCGUAAGGGAAGUCGGCUACGUAGCCGAGCACCAGCUCACUAGACAGAGCCAGUGCCAACGCAUACGGUAUAAGAGUCUUGAGGCGAUAGAGCUAGCCAUGCAAUCAACAGACAGCAAGUCAAAGCUCACCGCUCCAAACAGCUCCUGCAUCGGGACCGGCACUAGCGCGUACCUGAGCAACCCCGCAAAUCCUCUCUGUGGAAAACCCCCGAAUUUAGGUGUUACAUAA